AAUUGUAACUUAUACUGCAAUGAAUUCAAAACUGUGAAGAAAAAAGUUUAUAAAGUCGUACAAAUAGAAAUUGCACAAUUGUCUCAGUUUAAAAAUGCUGCAGCAGGAACAAAUGACAAAAAUCGACCGGCCUUGUCCGGAUCCGGAUCCGAAAGUCGCAGCCGAAGAAACAGGCCCAGCUCCUAGUACUUACCAAAUGCGGCCAUCGCUGGAGCAAACAUUCAAAUCAGAAAAUAUCAAGCAAAUCAUUAAUACGGUACUGAACGAUACUUUAAGCGGUAAAACGUAUACCGCGGUAGAUGCAGCCCGCUGGACAAAAUCUUUGGCCGAUGAAAUCAGCCUGAAGGUAAAGGAUCUAGAAAUGAAACGCUACAAGCACGUCGUACAGGUUAUGCUUGGACAGCAAUUGGGGGCCGGCUGUAAGUACAUUGCGCGAUGCCGGUGGGAUGCAGAGUGCGACAAUCAAGCCUCCGGCGAGUUCAAAAACGCUACAAUCUUCUGUAUUGUCACUGUGUUUGGGCUUUAUCUGUAUUGAUGUUUAAAAGAAAUAUAUACGCAGCUACUAGCACGGGUGUGGCAGUAUAUCGACUUAAGGAAUUAAGAAAGUGUGUGAUUUUAAUUUAGGUUCUUCGUUACUGGAGAUAUAUUCAAUUAAAC